AUGAUGCACUUGCAAUCCCACCCUUUCACCUCCUUUUUCUCUUCCACCCCCGUCCAGCUGGCAGUCCAUCUCAUCUCUGACUGCUAUGUCGGCCUGGAUCAGCUCGUCAGCCUGUCAACAAAUGCUGCCGUAGCUGCUCAAGGGACAAUCGGGCAGUAUACUAUUGAGAAUGUCGGAUUUACCAUGGCUGCUGCAGCUGCUGCUGCUGGGGAAAAGAAGAAGGGGGAUGUGCUGGGAGGAGUCGCGGUGAGUGAGGGGUGUCAGGAUGGGGUGAAUCUAUUAGGAGGAGGUGAUGGUGGUGAUGGGAACAAUAAGGGAGUUGUCGAGGACGAGGAGGAAGAUGAGUUCUUUGAAGCUGAAGGACGGAUCAACUCGAGUAGUAAAUCCGCGUCGCAGCCGCAGAUCGGCCUAGAGCAGAUCACGGAACGGAUUAAUGGAUCGGAGAGUCAUUCGCGGGUGAACGGGUUCGUGCAGUGGUACCUCAAAUGCCUCGACUCGCGGCCCGUUAUCACCAAGAGCAUCACCGCAGCGAUCAUAUUCGGUGCUGCUGACGUCACAUCGCAGAAGCUCUCUCACUCCAUCCUUGACCCACCCGCCACGUCACCUCUCGACGACAACCCAGACCAACCGCCACGUCAGCAGAUGCAGUGGGACGCGUUCCGCACAGCGCGCAUGGCAGGGGCGGGUCUCUUGCUAUCCGGGCCGACUCUUCACUUGUGGUUCACGCGCCUCGCCAGGGUCAUUCCGGGAACGGACGUGCCUCGUGUGCUGCUCAAGAUAGCCAUGGGACAGCUGCUGUACGGCCCUGUGUUUAACUCCGUGUUCUUCUCAAUCAACGCUGCUCUGCAAGGGGAAAACAAGGAGCAAAUCAUUGCUCGUCUGAGACGAGACUUGAUACCCACCCUCAUCAGCGGCGCCUGCUACUGGCCUGUCUGUGACUUCAUCACGUUCCGAUACGUUCCCGUGAGACUGCAG